ACAGAUUUGAUGCUGACCCCAGCGCUGGAAAAGACACUAUUGUCGCUUUUGACUGUUAAACCGAAACUGUUUCCCGACAGUUUAUUGUAAUGAUCGGUCAGAACCCAUAUCACGGUUUAUGAUAUGCUGCUUUUUACGUGGGUGCUUCAUUCCGGUAGGUUUGGUGGUUGCUGCGGUUACAAUCUUGUACGAAACUGAAAGAAACCGUAGAGCUGCCAUCUUCAAUACAAAGAGUUGGUGUCGCAUAAAGCAAUGAUGUUGCAUGGCUUCAGGAGCAGUAAGCAGGAUUACACUUUUGGAUCAUGGAAGGUGACAGCAGCCAAAAACCACAUCAUGAAAUCUAAAGACAUUGAACGGAAAAUGUCAGCACGCUGGCUGUGGUCUAGCAGAGGAAGAGUGCGAAACCUUGUGUCCAGCACUGUCCAUUGCAGUGAAAGAUUAGCAGAUGAACUGAACAUGCCUUCGCUUCCUGAGAUGUUGUUUGGGGAUAAUGUCCUGCGGAUCCAACACACAGACCGCUACGGCAUUGAAUUCAAUGCUAUAGAUGCUCUCAAGAGAGUCAACAAUAUGGAAGACACUGUGAAGGUAGCCUGUGCUCAAGAAUGGCAGGAUGGCAGAGCCGACUCUGAACACUCCAAAGAAGUGCUGAGGCCUUUUGACUGGACAUUUACCACAGAUUACAGAGGAACGCUUCUAGGAGAAGAACUCCAGAUGAAGGUGACCAAGACAGAGGACCGUAUUGACAUAGAGAAGCUCAAAGCUCGGGAACACAUCAUGUUCUUUGAAGAGGUUUUGCUAUUUGAAGAUGAGCUUCAUGACCACGGUGUCUCAAUGAUUAGUGUCAAAAUUAGGGUGAUGCCAUCCAGUUUCUUCCUAUUGCAGCGUUUCUUCCUGCGUGUGGAUGGAGUCUUGAUUAAAAUAAAUGAUACUCGACUUUAUUAUGAGGAUGGAAAGAAUUACAUGCUGCGAGAGUUCAGCACCAGAGAAAAUACAAUAGCAGAACUUAAGAACAUUCCUGCAGCAUUCUACACGGAUCCCAAUGAGAUAGCUCAGCAUCUAACCCUGAGGGUGACGGAGUGCGAGAAACUGGAAUUCCCUGUGAUGCAAUAUGAAAGCUCUGUCAGUGAAGUCAUUCAGUAAUCGUUUCACUGUGUCAACUACAUUAGCUAGUUGUAGUCAUGUUAAAUCUUUGACAAGUAAUAUGAAAACUAUCGGUCACCCUUCCAAAUAUUAAUAACUAACUCAGCAGAAUGACUUAAUUUGAUAGAACAUCCUUUGUAAUUGUUUGUCUUGUUUGUAAUAACAUUUGUUUAUACAGAAAGUCCAUUAAAACCAAAACAAAUUAAUAUUGUAUAUUCCAGAUUCAGGAUAUUUACAACUUCUGAAACUGUCUGCUUUGUAUUAAGGUGAUCUAAGGAAUGUCACUUUUUUAUUUGCAAGUCAGAUACUAUGUAAACUGUUUAAGUAAAGAAAUAACUUUA